UUGCAGUCAUUACAGCAAGAAGAAAAGCUGCGAGUUUAAAAAGAGCAUCCCUGCCGGCUUAUCCGUUCGUCUAACCAAACGCACACAGAUAGACGCGCACACACACGCGCGCACACACACAGGACCUCAAUACCGGCUGAGAGCAGCACACAGACACCAUUCAACACCGUUGCCGUCACCGCCACUGGUACAACAGCAGCAUCGGCCACUCAUACUGCAGAAGCAAAACUACUCUUUUACCACAGCGGUAAAUACGCAGACGACUGGAUAACGUUCAAAAUUAAUAUAGUCUAUUGUUUCUCCCAGUUAUUACUCAUAUAAGAGAAACCAGCAGCAGGAAGAAAUUAGGGAUUUUUCACGGAAAUCGAAUCCUGAGAAUUGCCAGAAAGUGGUACCCUGGGACAUUUGGUAGUUUCUAAGGAAGACAUCGUAAAGAAAAUCACUGUCUUCCCCAAAACGGAGAGCCCCGCAACCCGAUUUACUGCACCAGAAAUCCUCUAAGUAAGGACGGCGUUGAGCAGCCCCAAGCACAGCCGCAGCCAUGGACGAGAUGGACCUGCCCCAGAUGAAGAAGGAGGUGGAGAGCCUCAAGUACCAGCUGGCCUUCAAAAGGGAGAAGUCCUCCAAAACUGUCACAGACCUGGUGAAAUGGAUUGAGGACGGGGUGCCCGAGGAUCCCUUCCUGAACCCGGAGCUGAUGAAGAAUAACCCCUGGGUGGAAAAGGGCAAGUGCGCCAUUCUUUAACGGAGCGGCCCUGACGCUCCCGCCCCAACCCCCCACCCCCG